GGGCGACAUGUCAGCAGACGAGGGGUCAGGAGCCACAAUGGCAUCCGGCCGGCGCGGGGACCGCGGGGUGGGAGAGGGAAAGGUCACCGCCAUGAACGCGGGCCGCGGAGUCAGUGCAGAUCGGCAAGAUGUCGAGGUCAGGGAAGAGAAGGCUGUGGACACAGGCCAGAUCUCGGAGUACUCGGUACUCCUGCUUCCUCUCUCGACGGUUGGGCCUCUUGAUGUGGUGGGGUAAACUGACGCCAAACAAAGGCAAUAGGCCAAUAGCGCAGCAGCCCACUGGCCGCGCGGCGUCUGUUCGACGAUUUGCCCCACUGGCGAUGGCGCUGCUACCCGCCGCGCCCCGCGCUCCCGGUCCGUCACCCUACGACCUCGCUGAUAGGCUCCGGGACCAGCCUCGACUUCUCGCUUCCGCAACGUCCAGGCGUCGUCGGCGCGCCCGGGCGCGCGUACCCCAUGAUCGAGGCGACGGCGAGACGCGGCGCUCGCACGGAGAGCGCCAAGGUCAGGAACCGUCGGCUGCAGAAGAAGUUCAACGGCACGGCGACGAAGCCCAGGCUCUCGGUGUUCUGCUCCAGCCGGCAGCUCUACGCCGUUCUCGCCGACGACCACAACAAGGAGAUCCUCUUCUACGGCAGCACGCUGCAGAAGUCCAUCUGCGGCGACCCGCCCUGCGGCACGGUGGAGGCUGCCCGGAGGCUCGGGGAGGAGCUCGUCAGGGUGUGCAACGAGUUGGGCAUCUCCGAGAUCUCCUACGACCGCAACGGCUUUGCUCGAGGCGACAAGAAGAUGACGGCGUUCGAGGUUCCGGACUUCCGGUCUCACAGCAUGGGUUCAUGCCAAGAUAGGCUUUGCAGUUUGCACUGACACUUUCACCGUAGCAUGACUGCAUGAGACAAGGAAGUUUUCCAUGCGGAUCCUGUAUUAUUUAUAUGAUCGAUAAGUCCUUGAACAAAAUGUAGUUCACAUUUCCCAGCAGUCACAAGACAAGUCCACAUUGCUAACAAAGACAGUUUCUUCGUACUCUA